AUGUCAAACGACGAGAAGGUACAGCAAGAGGCUGAACAGAUAAUCGGAAUCCACGGAACCCUUCCUCGUCUUGUUGUCUUCGAUCUCGAUUACACUCUUUGGCCCUUUUACUGUGAAUGCUACUACGAGGAUGAUGCGCCUUAUCUGUAUCCGCAUGCUCGUGGAAUAUUGCAUGCCUUGAAAGCCCGAGGCAUUGACAUGGCUAUAGCUUCUAGAUCACCUACUCCUGAGAUAGCUAGACCUUUUCUUGAAAGACUAGGAAUUCGAUCCAUGUUUGUGGCUGAGGAGAUAUUCUCCAGUUGGUCACACAAAACGGAGCAUUUCCAGAAAAUCCAUAAGAAAACUGGGAUACCAUUUGAGUCAAUGCUCUUCUUUGAUGAUGAGGAUAGAAACAUUAUAGCGGUCUCGAAAAUGGGUGUAACAAGCAUCCUGGUACAUCGUGGGGUAACCCUUGAUUCUUUGAGGCAGGGACUCUCUGAUUUCGAGCAAAAAUCAAGUUCAUCCCGUGGAAGAAAGUAG